AUGGAGUUGUUCCAGAACCAGCCUUACCAUCGGUGCACAUUUCUGCGGGCAGAAAUGGCCUUUGUAGGUUCUCCGACUCUCCACGCUGAGGCGGCGCUGCGCAUCCUCUCCGUGGACGGCGGUCACUGCGCGCUGUGGCUUGAGCCCGCGGUGACACUGAAGGCUCUCUUCCAGGAUUUGGUCACCACGCACCUGGCCUCGUACAGGCAGGGGCUGACAUGCAGCUCCUUGAUGGGGCCCAGCUCCUUUGAGCAGCUGGACAUGUCGAGUAACCAGGAGUACUUCAGUAACAAUCCCCUCUUCCGCGCGGCGGAUGUCUUGGUGGCGCAGUGGAUCGGCGAGGCCGGCAAGCUGCGGGUGCACUACUCAAAGCCCGUGAUCGCCUAUCUCGGCUUCCUCCUUCUGAACGACCCCGUCGUCGGCCGGUAUCACUUCUGGAGUGAGCCCCUGGAGCAUUACUGGGAGAGGUUCACCUUCCUCCAGCACUGCGACGUCCACUCACUGCAGGGCCAGCCGCCCAAAGAUGGCGGCCCACCCUGCGCCGUGGUCUAUGAGGAGCCGCAGCUUGCCGAAGCGGCGUUCUGGCAGACAGGAUUCCGAAAUCCGAGCGUGCGACCCCUGUCGUUGUAUGUUGCUGCUGCACACGAGCCCGCCCUGGCAUCCCAGGAUGUGCUUGUGAUCAAUCGUGGCCGGCUCCUUCGGGACGUUCACUUCACCAUGGCGCUGAUGGCAAUGAGGUCGCCGGCUCAAGGGGUGCUGAGGGGAACCUCAGCUCACACGGCAGAUGCCGAGGAGUACACCGAGAGCGACGAUGAAGGUGCUGAUGGGUAUCGUAAGGGCGGAUACCACCCGGUGCAUGUCGGAGAGACGUACAAUGGUCGGUACUUCGUCCUCGCGAAACUUGGGUGGGGACACUUCUCCACUGUGUGGCUCUGCCAGGACCUCACCCAGCAGCGCUACGUGGCCAUGAAGGUGCAGAAGAGUGCGCCCCACUACACGGAGGCGGCCUACGAUGAGAUUGAGCUCUUGGCCGAGGCCGCCAAGCGAUCAAAAGAUGAAGCCUGGGAGGAGACACAGCAAGGCCCCUGCCGUGCCCUGUUCCCCGAGCUUCCCUUUACGGGCGUGGUGCAGCUCAUCGACUACUUCGAGCACUUCGGCGUCAACGGCAAGCAUGUCUGCAUGGUGUUUGAGACCAUGGGGCCCAAUGUGCUGGCCCUCAUCAAGAGGUACAACUUCAAGGGCAUCCCCUUGGACAUCGUGCGCAAGGUCACGGCUCACACGCUCAUUGGCCUCGACUACUUGCACAGAGUGUGUGGCAUCAUCCACACGGAUUUGAAGCCAGAGAAUGUGCUCGUUGGGUGCCCUCGUGGGGUGCCUGUGAACAAGCUGGGCAUCCCCCUGGUGGGCAAGAAGAAGGAUUAUGAUUUCAAGGAUGAUGAGGAUGAGGAUGAUGAAGGUCACUGUGACGAUGAGGCCGAAGCGAUCUUACGGCCGCCGCCUGUCCUAGUGCCUGAGGCCAUACAGGCAGCACCGAACCCUUCCAGCCUCAACGAGCCACCGUACAUGAAGCCCUUCCUGAAGCCUUCACGGUCAGAUCCCACGCUGCUUUCCUCCUACGGAGAUGACAUGGUUGCCAUGAACCGGCCUCUGUAUAACCACAUGAGGCCACCGGGAGUUCCUCAAAUGCCAGUCUCACCAAUGACGACGCCUCCACCUUCGCAGGCGGCCGCUGCGCACGCGGCACCUGCCGCUACAGCGGGCCAGUCUUCGUGGAAGCCCGGCUGCAGAAAUAAGAAGUUGCUUAAAGAAGUUUUGGCUCUGGAUCUUUUUGAUCACGUCGGCGUCACGUACAAAGUGGCCGAUUUGGGAAAUGCGUGCUGGGUGGAGAAGCACUUUUCGGAUGACAUCCAAACUCGGCAAUACCGUUCACCCGAGACCAUCAUCAAUGCAGGCUACGACACCUCCGCAGACAUUUGGUCCUUGGCUUGCAUGGUUUUCGAGCUCGCCACCGGCGACUACCUCUUUGACCCCAAGGCUUCCGACGAGUACCCACGCGAUGAGGACCACCUGACCCUCUUCAUCGAGCUGAUGGGGCUGAUGCCCAAGGAGCUGAUUAGCCGGGGCCGGCGCUCGAAGACUUACUUCAACCGGCGGGGCGAGCUCCGGCACAUCAAGUCCCUGCGCUACUGGCCCUUGGGCGAGGUCCUCUCUCAGAAGUACCACAUGCACGAGGUCGAGGCCCAGAACUUGGCAUCUUUCCUCUUGCCCAUGCUCCAGCUCCUGCCGGAAGGCAGGAUCUCCGCCAAGGCGGCCCUGGAGCACCCGUGGCUGCGCGGAGAGCUUAGUGAGGAGGUGAUGGAGAUGGUGAACCGCCAUGCGCUGAACCUGCCGCAUCUUGGGAUGCCCCCACCUCUCGGAGCAAGGGAUGGCCGAGGCUUGGGGAUGGUACCUGCAGAGGAGGAGGUCGCGCAACAUUGA